AUGGCGGCAUUGAUGGCAGAGCCUGCAGGACCUCCGCUGGCCGAGGACUUGGAGUUGUCGAAGCUCGAGGGCAAGAGACAUUCUGCAUGUGAUGAAUGCAGAAAACGGAAGCUCAAAUGCUCAGGAGAGUUGAGUGGAUGUGUGCGCUGCUCGAAGCAGUCGAUACACUGUGUCUACUCAUUACAGAAGCCCAUGGGACGACCGCCAAAGAAAAGAGCACGAUCAGAUGAAGAAAGCGGGGAUGUCUCUGUUCAAGGCAACACCAUAUGGCCUACGCCCCAAUUAACACCUCCGGAAUCUCUCUCAUCCGAAAACGAUGCGAACAUGCCAACAGACGCCAGCUACAUAUGCCCUCAAUUUUUCAUGCAUCCAAGCGGCCAGUCACAAUCACCAGAGUCAAAUCCAUCUGCUGACGACGAAGAGACCAGCCCCAACUGGCGACCGGAACGUUCGAAGAACCGCAACUUGCCAGUACCCGGAACGUCCAGUCCUUGGCCGGAUUUUACCACUGUAUCUCAAUCCUCCUCAAUGCUCUUUCCAGCACCAACAAAUUCUCUCGAUCCAACUUCCUUAAUGAUGACGCCUCCCAUGUCAAACCUCAUUGAUCCCCUCGGCCCAAAAUGCACAUGUUUGUCGUACCUUUACCUAUGCCUUUCUCACAUCUCCUCUCUCGCCUCUUUCCCCGUCAACUCCCAUACUCUUUGCUCCCUAUACAUCGCAGCUCGAACUGCGCUGGACGUGAUUCGCUGCGACUCCUGCCCCAAGUCUUUCGCCACUGGAGUUCAGAACGUGAUGUUCACUGGAACGUUGCUCACGGUGGUGGCGGAUGCUUGGCUUCGCGUUUACAACAGCGACCCCAUGGAACUUGGCAAGCAGUCUGCGCCGCCAGAAUUUGUAAGCAAAGCUGCGCAAUGCCCUGAUCAACCGGAAGUUUGGAGAAAUUGGCUACGUCAAAUCGUUCGACAGGCUGUCGUCGGCGGAUACCUUGACCCCGAGGCUGGUACUCGAUGUUCCAAGCAGCGUGACCUUCUGUCUUUGAUUAGAGAACUGGAGGAGCGCCAGCGUCGAUGGCAUACGCCAGGGCAGCAUCCCUUGAGCGAGUGCAAUCCGAUGCAUUCUAAGGCUGCUGGCCAGCCUCGGGCAGACCCCGAUGAAGAUAAUGACGAAAAAGAGCUGCUCUGUAUUCGUGUCGUGGGCAGCGCGCGAUCAGUCCUUACAAAGUUCAACUUUAAGCCUCAGGACUUCCCUGGAGGUGUGAUACCCGAUGACAUGGCACGCUUAAUGAACUCGUGA